CAGUCUCGUCCGAUUUUUCAGAGAAAUCCUUCGCUCGGGAAUCGCGACGUCCCACGCCCCCCCCCCUCCUCACCCCUCUCGCAUGAGUUUUUCGCCUGGUUUAGGAACUUUCUUCGGGAAUGAGGUCCAGACUUGUACUUGUGGUAGCUACCCCCCAUCGUGGGGUCACGGCGCUUAUGCCUUUUUCUCUCACAUCUUAUAUGGCAUUACUUGCCAAAAAUGUCUGGCCUUCCUGUACGCCAUUUCGGCUGACACGGCGCUUCGCAUGUCGAUCAUCCGCGUAUGUUCAGUUUGCACCUCUUAUGAUCCAACGAAAUAUUUUUUGGAUUUACUAUGUUACCCCCCCCCCUCUCUCGCGUCCGCUGUACGCUUCGGCCUCCGUACCUUUCUUUCUUCUUUUUCGCACCUGCGGCUACGCUUCGGCUUUCGUGCCUUCUCUAUUGAGGAGUUAUUGUCUGGUCUUUGUUGCCAGCUCAAUUUUACUCUACUCCCGGGGUUUCGGGUGCGGUUCCGAUUGUAAGUAUUUUUUGGUCUUGCUAAAAGGAGAAGGUGCUGUGACCUUCGGUUUCCUUUGCGUUACUAAGUUGAAUUCUUAGUCCUUCGUCCCAUUUGAAUGUCGCAAGGUGCAGAAGGGUCGAGGUAACAGGCACUGAGAGAAGCAAUUCCAUGAUAUUGUAACGUGAUAGGUCAAGACUGACCAUUGUGUGAUUAUUGGAAACAAGA